AUGAACCCACCAGCGAUCGAUCCAAACACGUUGGUACAAGCUAUGUCGUUCAUGGCAACACCUGCUGGGGCCCAGUCAAUGGCAGCUUUUGCCAGUCAUAUGGCCGGCGCUGGGAAUGUACCUUUCGCGCAACCACCGUUCCAACAGCAAACACCACAACAAUCACCAAGAUACGCACCCUCGCAACAGUCCGGGCAGAAGAGGAAAUGGGAUGAGCGUCAGAAUGACCCACAUGCACAACACCAGCUGCAACGCAAGCCACAACAGCAAGGACCUAAACCGCCGAGAGCCAAGGCAGCCGUGCCACCAGCUGUACCUGGGUUUGGGUUCACUUUGCCCACACCUUCGUCCGCACCAGUACCAUCUAAAUCGCACAAGACGGAAGGCAAUAGGAAAGGAAAGGUCAGGCUGGGCCUCACAAACCACGAUGAAAAGCCAGAGGAGAGCAGCGAAGAAGAGGAAAUCGACGAGGAGGCUGCUCUCGGUGAGAAGCUGAAGGGUGGCGGAUAUGCAUUCGAACAUGAGGGCGAGCAUAUUUCGCUACAGACGGCGGCAGAUAUUGCAGAGUGGAUCAAAGAUCGAAGAAGAAACUUUCCGACAUAUCAAAAGGCGGUUGAAAAAGCCCAAGCCAAGGCAGAGAAGCGCAAGAACGAACUAGAGUUUGUUCGCAGACUGAAAGGAAAGCCUCCGCAGCCAGAACCUGAGCGCGCAAGGCCCGUACCCAAGGUUUACGAGCGCAGUCAACGGGAUGAGAAGAAACAAGAAGAACUCGCCGCACUGCGUAAGAAGCUGCACGAAAGCAUGAUGAAAAAGAAGGAAGCCCCCACAACUGUUGACCUGGGACUAGGGUAUGGCAGUGCGACAGAGUCAGAGGGCGAAAGUUCGGUGCUUUCGGAAUCUUCCGUUGUGUCCAGCUCGGAAGAGCCGUCAGAAGAGUCUGAUGAUGAGUCGGACGACAGCGACGCACCACCUGAGGCAAUAUCGUCGAAGAUCGCACCGCCGCCCGUCAAAGAAGUACCACCACCUGUACCCGCGCAGACGGAGCGGAAGCCUGGCAGAGGGAAGAUGUACAGACACCCUCCUCCUAAAGAAGAGAAACGACUAGGGCUGUAUGAAAAGCUCGUUGAACAAGAGCUGGUCAAGUCGGAUCAGCUGGCACUCGAUGCGAUUAAGUAUCUUGGCCAGAAUGGGUUCCUCGGUUGA